AUGACAACAACCACUACGUAAGGAUAUUUUUAAAAAUUUUAAUUUAAAAAAUGUUUCAGGAGUCAGCGUCAGAAGAACUUUGUGCUUUUUUUGUUAGUGUUCGUAUCUUGCGUGAUUACCGUGUCCAUUGCUGUAUUUGCAGUUGCGUGUCACGUGAAAUCAGUACAAAGACCCCGCUCGUAUUAUACCGACUUACUUUAUCCGGUUUUCUUCUCAAACAAUAGCACUGAAUACGCAGGUGCAGUUGAUUUUGAAGACUGGGAAGGGUGGCUAUUUAUGGGCUGGGGUGGAGUUCUAAUAACUAUCAGUUACGCAAUAAUGAUGUACUAUACACAACAAAGUAUCAAAGCUGUAACCUUAAACGUAGAUACACAAACUGCCUCACCAAAAGUUCUCAAGUUAAGAGCACAGUUUUCUCGAAAUAUGAUUGCUCAGGUAAUUUUUAGUUUUUUAUUUAUUUCGUUCUCUCCACUUUGUCUCGCAGGUUAAAGCAUCUUUUUUCCAGACCAUCAACAGUUUUUUUAUGGCAGUACUACCAAUGUUUAUUGUAGUAGUAUUAAUGUUCAGUGGAGUGAAUACAACAUGGUACACCAUAAUAAUUAUGAGUUUAGUGGCUUGGACACCAUUUACAAACGCUGCCGUUUGUCUUGCUAUUAUCAAACCUUACAGAGACUAUAUACUAAGAAAAAGAAACAGUAGUGUUGUGUUUAAAGCAAACUCAACAGCACCUGGAUCUUCUACAUUUCAUAAAUCAAGUCGUCAAUAA